AUGCCUCGCGGACCUAAGAAGCACCAGAAGCGCCUCAGUGCGCCUUCGCACUGGCUCCUGGACAAAAUGUCCGGGACCUAUGCUCCCAAGGCCUCCCCCGGUCCUCACAAGCUCCGGGACUGCCUCCCCCUGAUCGUCUUCAUCCGCAACCGUCUCAAGUACGCCCUGAACGGCCGUGAGACCAAGGCCAUCAUGAUGCAGCGUCUGAUCAAGGUCGACGGCAAGGUCCGCACUGACCCUACCUACCCCGCUGGUUUCAUGGACGUCAUCAGUAUCGAGAAGACCGGCGAGAACUUCCGUCUCAUCUACGACACCAAGGGUCGCUUCACCGUCCACCGUAUCCAGGCUGAGGAGGCCGAGUACAAGCUCUGCAAGGUCAAGAGAGUUCAGCUUGGCAAGGGCGGGAUCCCAUUCUUGGUUACGCACGAUGCGAGAACUAUCCGCUACCCCGACCCUGCCAUCAAGGUCAACGACACCGUGAAGGUUGAUAUUGCCACUGGAAAGAUCACCGACUUUGUCCGCUUCGACACCGGUGUUGUCUGCAUGGUCACCGGUGGUCGUAACAUGGGUCGGGUUGGUAUCAUCACUCACCGUGAGCGCCACGAUGGAGGUUUCAACAUCGUCCACAUCAAGGACGCUAUUGACAACUCCUUUGCCACCCGUGAGUCCAACGUCUUCGUCAUUGGACAGGAGAAGCCCUGGAUCUCUCUGCCCAAGGGCAAGGGUGUUAAGCUCACCAUUGCUGAGGAGCGUGACCGCCGCCGUGCCUAUGCUCUCGCCAACUAA